AUGAUCCGGACAUCAAUAGGAACAUCUAGUCCCAUUGCCAUACCAAUCAGCCCUCAAUAUGAAAACGAACAAGAGCAAUCUUUGACGAUGCAGCGAUGGCGCAAUUCGCCACCUGAAGAUGAGGCGGCAUCUUUCACCGCUAUAUGCGACGCUCUCGAUGGCCGGCCCAUAGAUAUAGCACCGAGGAUCAGUCGUUCUUCAAGUCACAAUCCUUUCCGAAAGUAUCGAGGCCCAUCAUCAACCACCAGUCUUGACAGUGUAGCGAGUGAAUCUUCGUUGCGAUCGGCCAAUUCAAGCCAUUCUGCUACGUCGCAAACUAGGCGUCGCAGCCAAGUUAGUAGAACGCGUACAAAGGGCAAAACCAAGAUCAAGAAUACAGACGACCCAAACCGUAUUUUCAAAUGUACCUUUUGUUGCGAUACAUUCAAAACCAAGUAUGAUUGGACACGGCAUGAGAAGUCACUACAUCUAAACAUGGAGGAGUGGGUGUGUACGCCGCAUGGGGCUUCUGUCGUGCUGCCUCUGACUGGCAGAGUUCAUUGUGCAUACUGCAGUGCGCUUGACCCAACCCCUACCCAUCUGCAGCAGCAUAACCACGUAGCCUGUGAUGACGGCCAAUCUACGCCUCGUAUAUUUCGCCGAAAGGACCACCUCGUUCAGCAUCUCCGCCUCGUUCAUGGACUAGAUACGCUUCCUCUUAUUGACGAUUGGAAGCUCGAGUCGAGUCCCAUAAAGUCUCGCUGCGGCAUUUGCGACGCCGCCCUGAGAAGCUGGGAUGAAAGGGCAGACCACUUGGCAGCGCACUUCCGCGAAGGAAAGAAAAUGGAUGAUUGGACAGGCGAACAUGGCUUUGAGCCUGCUGUGUCUGCUCGCGUCCUUAAUGCAUUCCCGCCUUAUCUUAUUGCAGAUCAAGCAAAAACAGUGGUCCCUUUCUCCGCGACUAAUCCAGGCUCAAUUGACCAUACCAAGCAGUUUAUCUCGCACCUCCAAUCAGAGGAAGCAGCGUCCGCACUUACCACGGAUGAUGCACCAUUUCAGGACCAACAAGACUUGAGCGAUUCUCUGGCUGCGCUUCGAACAAUGCCAUCUCUACACAACAACUAUGAUUUUGCUACAGUUCUUACCCGCCAUCUCAGCCGUUUUGCGAGACAACAGAUGCUUUUGGGUAUCAUUCCUACGGACGAGAUGUUUCAACGAGAGUCACGAAGACUCUUUUAUCAGGAUGGAGAUGAUGGAUGGAACCAGACUUUAGCUGACCACCCAGGUUGGCUACAAGAUUUCCGUCAGCAAGGCGGAUUUAUGUAA